CGCCGCGGCCGCUGAUUGGGCGGCGGGGCUCGGGGGCGCAUGCGCGCUGCGCGCCCGCUCGGAGGCCCGGGCCAGAGCCGCUUUCCUCGGCGCGGAGCCCGGGGGAGGCGGGGAGAAGGAGCUGCGGAGCCGCCGCCGGCAGCGGGACCGGCGGGGCGGCGCCGGGGAGGGGGCCGCUCCGUCUUCGCUCCCCUCCGAUGUGCCGGGGCGCCGCUGGGUCCCGCUCGCUGAUUGGCUGAGGAGAGGGGGGGCGCGCGUCAGACCCCCUGGCGGUGACGUCACGGGGGUUUGUUGAGACCGAGUGGGGAGAAAAGUCGUGAUGAAGAACCAAGGUGGGGAGACCAAAGCUGCCCCGCGGCCUGCUAGUUCUUCCAAAAUGAGCAGCGGCCUGGCGCUGGAGGAAGGCGACUCACCUGAGGCCGCAGCACCCCUUGCAGCUCCUCUCGCACAGGAGGACACGAAGUCCUCCCGGCCUGCCGUGCGUGACGUCUCUGAAGAGCUGAGCAGACAGCUUGAGGACAUCUUGAACACGUACUGUGUGGAUGCCAGCCAGGAGGGUCCGGGCGAGGACGGCGGACAGAGUGAGCCUGCGGAGCCAGAAGAGGCAGAGAAGUGUCGUAGCGAGUCCCCGAGGAACGGCGACCAGGAGUCGGGCAGCCCCGAGAUGAACGGGGAGAAGGAAAGCUCGAAGGGGACCGAAGAGUUUCGACCCGGCGAGGAGUGUGGGGAGCGGGAUCAGAAGAAGGCUCAGGAAAAGAAGAAAGCCAAAGGCCUGGGCAAAGAAAUCACUUUGCUGAUGCAGACGCUGAACACCCUGAGCACGCCAGAGGAGAAGCUGGCAGCGCUGUGCAAGAAAUACGCUGAGCUGCUGGAAGAGCACCGUAACUCCCAGAAACAGAUGAAGAUCUUGCAGAAGAAGCAGACGCAGCUGGUGCAAGAGAAGGACCACUUGCAGAGCGAGCACAGCAAGGCCAUCCUGGCCCGCAGCAAGCUGGAGAGCCUGUGCCGCGAGCUACAGCGACACAACCGCACGCUCAAGGAGGAGGGUGUCCAGCGUGCACGGGAGGAGGAGGAGAAGCGGAAGGAGGUGACAUCCCACUUCCAAGUGACACUGAACGACAUCCAGCUCCAGAUGGAGCAACACAAUGAGAGGAACUCUAAGCUGCGCCAGGAGAACAUGGAGCUGGCGGAGCGGCUCAAGAAGCUCAUCGAGCAGUACGAGCUGCGGGAGGAGCACAUCGAUAAGGUGUUCAAACACAAGGACCUGCAGCAGCAGCUGGUGGACGCCAAGCUCCAGCAAGCGCAGGAAAUGCUGAAGGAGGCAGAGGAGAGGCACCAGCGGGAGAAGGACUUUCUGCUGAAGGAAGCUGUGGAGUCGCAGAGGAUGUGUGAGCUGAUGAAGCAGCAGGAGACCCAUCUCAAGCAGCAGCUGGCUCUCUACACAGAGAAGUUUGAAGAAUUCCAGAACACCCUUUCCAAAAGCAGUGAAGUGUUCACGACGUUUAAACAGGAGAUGGAGAAGAUGACUAAGAAAAUCAAGAAGCUAGAGAAAGAGACCACUAUGUACCGUUCUCGCUGGGAGAGCAGCAACAAGGCUCUGUUGGAAAUGGCUGAAGAGAAAACCCUUCGGGAUAAGGAGUUAGAGGGGCUUCAGGUGAAAAUCCAGCGCCUGGAGAAACUGUGUCGAGCCCUGCAAACAGAGCGCAACGACCUCAACAAGAAGGUGCAGGACCUGUGCGCCCACGCGCCCCAGGCCGACACGGACCUGUCGGAGCCUUUGAAGGACCCAUCUCGGGACGGCUCCGAGGUGGCGGCAGGAGGUGCGCCAGCGGAGCAGCGCCUGGCCGAGGAUUGCCUUCACUCAGGAAAGCCGACACACAGCCCAGACCCUGCGGAGAGCCUGGGAGAACUGAGCAUAGGAGCCUUGGGGCAGAGUGGGACUGAGGAACGCACUCAGGGCGCUGACUGAGCCCGCUGUGCAGUAGCCAGAGGUAGGGCAAGGGAGGGUAACGUGAAUGUUUCACAGACUUGACCUGACACCCCGUCCCAGUCCUUGGACCAGUGUGAGGGGCCAGCCCUCCAUGGGCUUUGAGAUUCCCUAGUUUAGGUUUUCGGAGGGUUUUUAAAAUUAUAUAUAUAUAUGAUAUAUAUAUAUGAUAUAUAAAAUAUGUGCAGGGCAACAUACACUUUAUAUAUGGAUAUAUAUGACAACUAGAAUGACCCACCUCCCUGUGUGUGUGAAUAACUAAUAUAUGGAGACUCAACUGAUCGUCCCUUUCACUAAAAGACCUUGUCAUUGGCAGGCUGUGACUCCCCUAAAAUCUAGCACAGCUCAGGAAAGCAGGUGUGUGGAACUGCCCGGCCCUCCUCCAGCCCGCGGCACUGGGACAGCUGGACGCGUCGCCUCCUCCAGCUUCAGAUCAACGCUCUCAAGGCGAGUUAAAGCAGGGGAGAGCUGAUGCGUUUCCCAGCACUGGCUUCUCCCUCCUCUGGAUCCGGCCUCAGGCAGGAGGGAGCUCCUGGACUUGUUCUCAUGUUUUCAUGUCCUGACUGGCAACUCUCUCUCGUCUGUGAGCUCAGCAAACGACAGAGAAAGAGACUCUUUCCCCUGUUGUCUGGGUUUGUGUGUUGAAUGGGAACAAAAAGAAGCAGAGUAAUCGUGGGUGCCUGGUACACACAGGCCUCCCACGGGGCCUUUGCUAUUCCCCAAACCUGCCAAUGUCUCAAUAGCCUUAUGAUUCACAGUUGCCUCUUUGCUAUACGCACAUGUGCACAAGUGUAUUAAACAGUUAAUCCAAAGGUCUAAUUCCUAAAUGUUUUGCACAAGCGCGUGUGAUUAGUUGUGCAAGGGGACGGGGAGGUCCUUCCACCUGAAAUCCUCUUCCCUGCGUUUGGACUUCCCAGCGCCCAUCCCACAGUGCUGAGCGGGGCGGUCUCGGAGGUGUUUAUGGAGCUGGAGCUCCAGGAGGAUAAACCCUGCGUCUGCUCCAGGACUCGCUGCUUUAGCUGAAUCGCUGGGACCGCUGCAAGGACCGUGCUCUGGGCUGGUCCCUCUGCAGGUCGCACCCUCCCGCCGGGCUGUGCUGGUGCUCUGGGGCUAGGACAGGCCUCUCUCUUCUUUACCCGUUCGCUUUGUUGGAGGAGCAUCUCCCAAGUGCCCUGCUGUCACCCUGCCUGCGCCACCGCCGCCGUGUCUGGGAGGACGCCUGGGGCCUCUCCUGCCCGCGGGAUGGGGUGAACGAAUGCUGAAGUGCUCUGCCCAAAGGACCACGUUGUGCUUGGAGGCUGUUUACGGACAGAUGCGUGAGGCCUGCCAGCACGGUGCAUGGGGGACUUCUGCUUAGUUUCUCAAGACUUUUUAUUUUCCCUGUUCUUUCUGGGAGACCCCUGCUUGUUUGGAAACUUUCUUGCUGCAGCUUCUCUUUACAACAGACUUAUUUUCAGCAUUGCCUUCCUUUUGCUUCAAGCUGAAAUGAGCUGGCCUGAGCCCUUCCUCGUGGUGGAUGUAUUUAGUGGAACAACUUUCUCUUCCGGCAACACGGUUGCUCUCACGUCUUCUCUCCGCAAAUGUACAGCACUGUUGUGAAGGACCUGCCUCGCUGCUGGGGGGAGCAGCCUGCAGGAGUUGCAUCCCUGCACCCCCCUUCCUCCACCAGGUUUCCAGCAAAUUCAGUUUUAAUAAACGUGGUCAUCUGCAGCGGAGACGGGCUCUAACGAGCCUCGGCCAAGCUGCAGUCUUGAACAUGCAGCAGGACAUGUUCCCCGGGACUUAGCUUGGAUUUAUCUCCUGGUCCCUCGCUUUCGGUAUCACUUCUUCCAGCACAGGGAUGUGUCUGCCUCUGACAGGAGCUGGCUCUCCCCGAGCGAGCGAGCGUAGCCCUGGCCUGGCGGGACUACACCGUUCCCCCGCGGCCUGUGUGAGCGAGGGCUGCAGCCUGUCGCCGGAUUUUCCUUCCUGCUCUUUCAGUAACAGAAAAACCUCUUACAAGUCACCACCCCUUUAUUUUUUGUUAUGGUACAGAUAGCCCCUGCGUGGGGUUUGUUGUAUGUAUCCGCGUACCCAAUAGAAAUGCACACAAACUUGC